CCCCCACUGAGGAUCGGAGUUUGACCCCUGGGAUUUAGAUUGACCUCAACACUGUUUCCGCUUUUGGUGUUCCGAAAGCCAUUCAUACACUCUUGUUUACGGUACUUGUUGUGAUGUAAUGCUAUGUGGAGGGGCAGUGAUGCACAAUAACAGGCUGGGUGAAUUUCUUGCUGGGUUGGUUUCCCCCCCUCAUCCCACUCAAAACAUUUCAUUGCCUCGCGAUUGCACAUAGUUUUAUUUGAACAGCAGCAACUAGUGAAAGAAAAAAAAAUAAAGCUCACUGAGCUCCAUGCAAUAAAUACACUAAGUUUGUCUCCCUUCUCCAGUCUGACAGGAAUGAGGUCAGACACACCGAUCCUCAUUGCACAUUAUUAUUAUUAUUAUUGCCCGUGUCUUUUUUCGCCCAGCCAAUCAGAGGGCGAGGGGCGCGGCCCCAGUGAAUAAACGGGGAUGGAGACAGGCGCCGAUUGGCCGCGGUUCUUCGUCCGAGAAGCUAUAAAAUCGCGCGGCGGUCCUUGUUGUGUUUACAGUAACGUUGACAGAGCGCGCAGGCAAACGGGGAGACUAUGAGAAAACGCAGCUGCUCCAUUCAACCACAUGGUUCCUCAACCGCACACACGAGCCGCGCUGCUGACGUCCACUUGAGGGACUUGCACUGGUGCCGUCCACAGCGACGCGUUCUGAGUCCAGUGGGUCGAGUUUUCAGCCGCACCGGCAGUUGAAAAGUUGACUCUUGGCUCGUUUUUUUAUUGUUGUAGUUUUUUUUUCCUUCAAGAAAAUAGAACCCAAAAGGUUCCGAGUCGAAAUUGAAGAGAAACUUUUUUUUUCUGUUGUUGUUGCGAGGCACAAGUUUAUCCGUCCGUGUGAUAGGAACGAGUGGGGAGUAUUGUUGAGAAGCCGUGGUGUUUUUUACGCACUUUUUUUUACGCACUGUAAGGAUGGUGCAGCAGCAGCAGCACAUGAGCAGCGCCCGAGCUCUUUCCCCAGCCGGGGACUCCACGGACGGCGGAGAGAUGGACUCGGAGAUGGAUGCGUCUCCCGCCCCGGCGGAGCGGAGCGACCUGGCCUGGUGCAAAACCCCGACGGGCCACAUCAAGAGACCCAUGAACGCCUUCAUGGUCUGGUCGCAGAUCGAAAGGAGGAAGAUCAUGGAGCAGUCUCCGGAUAUGCACAACGCGGAGAUCUCCAAGCGGCUGGGCAAGCGGUGGAAGCUGCUCAAAGACGCCGACAAGAUCCCCUUCAUCCGGGAGGCCGAGCGGCUGCGGCUCAAACACAUGGCCGACUACCCAGACUACAAGUACCGGCCCAGGAAGAAGGUCAAGUCCGGCGGCGGGGCGACUAAGCAGCAGGCGGAUCGCGGGGAGAAGAGCUCGGAGCGCAGCAGCAAAGCCAAAAGAAGCCCCGCGGCCAAAGCGGCGAGCCGGGCGCACAAGCACGUAGCCAGCAAGUCCACCAGCCCCCCGGGUCCGGACGGCGCGCCCCUCGGCGGCGACCACCAGACCCUCUUCAAAUCCAGGUCAGUGUCUGGGGCCAGGCAGAUCCCCGACAAGCGCGCCGGAGAGGCGAGGCGCGGCGUCACCUGCGCGGGGGCGGGGAGCUUCGAGAGCGGACCUCCCUCCGCGGCGGUCCCGGCCAGUCCCACCCUGAGCAGCUCGGCCGAAUCCAGCGACCCGCUGAGCCUGUACGAGGAGCAGAGCCCCGCGGGCGGCGAGUCGUCCCCCACCGCGCGCCUCAGGUACUCCCGCGCCUCCUCCCCGACGCCGUCAGCCUCCCACUCGUCGUCGGUCUCCUCCUCCUCCUCAUCCUCAUCGGAUGAGGAGUUCGAAGACGAGCGGCUCGACCUGAACCCGAGCCCCGGCUAUGAGAGCAUGUCUCUGGGCGGCAUGGGCUUCUCUGACGCGGAGCUGGACCGGGACUUGGACUGGAGCUUCGGGGAGUGCGGCGCCGGCUCCCACUUUGACUUCCCAGACUACUGCACUCGGGAGGUGAGCGAGAUGAUCUCAGGAGACUGGCUGGAGUCCACUAUCUCCAACCUGGUGUUCACCUACUGAAACCACAGCCGAGCCGAGGCGACCCGCGACGAACCCUCCCGAGUUGUGAACUCUUCGACCCCCGUCCUCCUCCCCUCCCCGCCGGAGCCAUUUUCACGGAAUAGAGUGGAAAGAGGAGACGGUGCGUGUGCGCGCUACUCACAGACUCGGUGCCUCUGCCGGGAGCGCGCGGGCAGGGUGGGGGGGGGGAGAAAUGCUUAAUUUGCAUUUGGACGCAGUGGAGGAGUGAAUGUAAGCAGAAAGAAGUGAACGUGGCUUCUUAACUCAUGAGGAUGACGAGUGACAAUAAACUGAACAUUGGUGUUAUUUUUGAUGGGGGGGGAAAAGAGACACUUCAAGUGUGUUUUUUUUGCCCCCCCCCCUAAAAAAACGUAGUUCCAGUUUCAACACGCAUGCUCUCCUGAAUGAGGAGGAUUUAGCUGUUGUUAAAUGUUCAUUGCAGCGUCACGGACGCAACGUGUGAGACAUUCGGAUGGACACAAUUCACGAUCACCAGCUUCUCUUUCAACGGCAGGACUUCAAAAAAAAACAAACAAACAAACUGACUCCAGACUUCAGAAAUGCUUUCUCAGCUUUCUUAAAACACUCAGUGCACAAUUCAGGACCAACGCCCCCUCCCCAUCCUAGUCUGCAUCCUUUCUGCCUAGUGCUUCAAGUUUCUAGUUCCUCUGUGUCAAGAUGACUUUUUUUAUAUUGAUGUAUUUAUACCGGCCCCGAUUUUUUUAUACAUAGAAGUAUUGUUCUCGUACAGGUCUCGUUCGUGUGCGCGUGUAUGUGUGUGUCUGCACAUACACUUGUCUGUACCCAGCGCGGAAGGGCUAGAAGUGUCUCUUAUUUAAAGUGUCUGACCUCUCUCACUUUUUGAGUGCGUCAUGAUUUUUUUACUUGUAUUUUUGUACAAAAUCUAUCGAAAGUCGAGGGGGGCGUGGCCACGGAGGGGCGGGGCUGCGAGUGGGUAGCCCCCCCACAGCAUUGUUGUUUGGAUCUACAUUUCGUGUUUGGGAGGGAGUGGGCGGGGGAGCGGGGCGCUAGGGGCGAGGGGCGAGUUCAGUUGGCACAAUCUGACCUCACACCGUGUUUACAGUAUUUAGCCACAUGCUUCUUAAUGGCACAGUGACUCCAGUUCCACCAGCCAAGUCAACAAAAACACCACCGAGGCUCCCAUGCAGCCUCGAGCGGUGACUGUCUUACUCCAGUACACAUCAUCGAGACUUGUCAGGAGUGAAAAAGAUCCCAGAGUGUCACUGUUUAGAUAGAGCUAAUACCUCUGUGUGCUUUUCUUCUUGUUCUUCUUCUUCUUCUUCUUGUUCUUCUGCUCUUACUUUCCAUGAUAAGUUUUAUUUGAACCACUGGAUGGAAUUUCACUCUCGUUUCCACUUUGCCUGGACUUUGGAGGGAAGAAGGUGUAUGAAGUGCUUUCAUCUGUUCUCGCGCAAAAACGCAUCCAAAAUAGUAUUUAACCUUUCUGUACCUGUUGGCUAAGUAUAGCAAAAGGCUAAUUGUUUUUUCCUAUAUUAUGGCAUGGCAAAUAGCAUUUGUAUUUCAGAUUCAGGUAUAUGUAGCUAUAGCUGUUGUGUUUAAGAUUUUUAAAAGAAAAAUAACAUGAAGAUAUUUAUGUAAACUGACUGUACUAUAAGCAAAGAUUGUGUGUUUUAUGUAUGAUGAUGACGAUGAUGAUGAUCAAUGACAGGCACUAGGACGGCCAUCUUUGGACACGUUGAAGAUGAUUGUGGUCCGGGAGUUUCUCUUUUUCCAAGACAUUUUUCAACAUUUUUUUUUUGUUUUGUUUUUGUUUUGUUGUUUUCUUUUCAUUUGUGCAAUAUGCUGUGUAUGACCAUGUUGUGUCCAAUCAUGCCAAUAUUGUUUUGUUGUUUAUGACAAGAAAAAAAAAAGCAGCCAAUGUUUUGGGUCAAUCACUGCCUCUCAGACCUCUGUACAGAUUGUUGUUUUUAUUUGUAUUUCUUUUUCCUCCGAGAAGGAAAUAAAAUCAGCUGGAACUGAAAAGUG